CACAAAAGCGCACGCACGCACAUCACCAUGUUCGAAGUCCCGGACGCGAAACGCGUCCGCCGCGAGGACCUCUACUCGCCGCCCGCGUCCCCGCGCUCUUCGCCUGAUCCGGAACUGGCGGACGCGUUGCGCGCAAGCUUGAAUCAGCGCUUCGAGAUUGAUGUGAAGCGCCAUGUCGCCGCACCUGCCACGGCCGACGCCGACGCAGACAGCGACGAGGAGCUCGACUUCCGGCUGUUUGCCGCGCCUACCGCCACAACCACAAAUGCGGGCCCAGACACAGCCCCAGGCCCAAAGCCCCUCGCGCAAAAAAUCCGUGUGCGCAGCCCCUCGCUCGACCCUGCAGAAGCGGGCUUCCUGGCUCCGCGACCACAGACGCACUAUUUCACACCCGGCACCGGCGCGUUGCCAGCAGCGGAGCUCGCAGCCGCGGCGCUCAGUGGGAAGCAGGUGCUGCAAUUGUCGCGGGCGGCGUGGCCGGGGUGCGUCGUGCCGUGGAAAGUUGUCAGGGUUGAUGCGGCGGGGCGGGAGUUACGGAGGCGGGUUGAGGGGCAUGCGUGCGUUGUUGGAGAGGGUGGUGGUGGUGUGGCUGGGGAGGAGGGACAAGGGAAGAAGAAGCGGAAGGGCAAGAAAGCGCGGAUUGCGUUGCGCGUGAAGGUGAGAGCGAGAGAGGAGAAGAAGGCGGUGGAGGAGAGGAUGAAGCGGGAGCGGGAGGAGGCGGAGAGGGAGAAGCGGACGAGGAGGAAUAGGGAGAAGAAGGUGAAGAAGAGGGUUAGGGAUAAGGCGAAGAGGGUUGCUGGUAUGGAGGGGGAGGAGGCAGGGAGUGAGAAGGGUGGGGAGGGAGAGGGCGAGGACGUUAGUAUGGCUGAGGCGUGAGGGUCGAUGUUCUUCGUCCUCGACAGCUUCCAUAUCCCACCCCGCGAUAAAACGCGUAUCUACCUACUAGCUAUAGUAGUAAGAGCGCAAUGUACGCCGGAAUUAAACGCACACCCUGUCUUCC